AUUACCAACUAUCGACGCAUGCAGCGACAGCAGCUGUUUGGACAUCCUGUUAACGUCCUUACAGUGCUGUGCCAUCAAAAAUCUUAUACCUAGAAUGUAGCAAAACAUUAACGAGGUAUAGACUAUAGUGUAUACACAACGCCGCGUUGCGCUCCGUUUUCGAACCGGUCCGAUGCAGCGAUUUCAGAUUUUAAAUAUUCCAGUUUCAAAUAUUUCAGUUUUUGUACUUCUGGUCUUACCAUCCCCCUAUUCAAUCAAUUGUAUGGUUGAAUAUUGACUGAAGUGUUAUUAGUUACCAUUGUUGUGCGGGACUUUGUAUUGCAAGCAUUUCGCUUCAGCUUUCAAGCUGGAUCGUAAGUUCAAGUAAAAUUGUCUUGUGACUGAAACGGAAAGGUGGAAUUGGCGAUAUGGUCACUUAACAACUGCGCAAAUGGACGGAACAACGGCAACGCACAGGCUUUGCAUUAUUACAUGCCCAAUCAAUUUAACAAUGCUUGAGUCAUAAGUUGAGUAUGUACAUGUUAGCCUGAGAGUGCAGACCACUGGUGUAGACGUAUUUCUUUAUUUACGUCUGUAUACACAGGCUACAGACCAUUGCAAAACAAACAGAACUAACAGACCCCGCCGAUAUUUUUCUGGUCAAUGCAUUUUUUUGCUAUUAAAAUCAAGCUGUGAUGAAGCUACAGAGCCGUGUAAUAUUUCGCAGUUUAGUUGAAAGUAUAACGCAAAGUAUAACGCCCUUUGAUGGUAACCGGCCGAGUCUGAGUGUUUGAGAUUGAUCUCUGUAUUUGCUGAAGAAGAUCCUUUAUGUUUUGCGAUGGGUACGCGGCCGAUUCUUCACCGUUUCACAACAUAAAAUCCUAAUUUGCAUACGCGGCCGGAUCACAGAUAGAUCACAGACGACAUAAAUAGAUAGUCAUAACAGGUAUACCGUAUGCGUCCUUGCCCUUGGUGUCAUCAAUGGGCGUUUAUAGGGGCACAGCAAAUCAAUAACAGCCUACCAUUGACCUUGAGUCUGCGUUCACACUAGUACUUUGCGUAUCAAUUUACGCCAAUGCUGCAACGCAGUUUGUGGAAGCGGGGAAAUAAGGGGCUAGGCUAUACUCCAGAAACAAAGGGGGAGGGAGAACUUCGCUUUCAUAUUUCUGGUAUAUUUCUGAUAUAUUUUUUUUGGUUUGCUAACGGAUUAAACAAUCCGUUUUAAUCAUUUUCUCAUCAAUCUCUUGCUGGUCGGACAAAACGACGAAUGACUUUUUUCUAGAAUUUGGCCCAUGAUUGUACGUCACAUUCACACACGUAUCUCGAAAUAUGCGAGUGUUUUGCCUUGGACUGGAAAAAAAUCACAGCUAUGUCUGCAAGAGUCGUGCUCAUGCAGAAAUCUACAUUCUGCACAUAUCUGAUUUCCAAAUUCCAUCGUCCAAGUAUGAGGUCUUCGUAUUCGUGAAGGGCUAUUAAAAUUGCACCAAUUAAUAACAUAGAAAUCGUUUUUUUUUGUUUAAAUUAUAGAAAAAAAGUUUAAAAAUGGCGCUCACAGUUGACCAGAUGCUAGAAAAGAUCGGGGAAUUCUACAAAUUCCAAUGGCUAUUGCUAGGAAUUUUUGGCUACGCCGUCUUCGCUCUCGAUGCACUCCCUAUUAUGAUUGUGACAUUUAUUACGGCCGAACCACAAUGGGAAUGCGUAGGAGGAUACAACACUUCGGUUUGUAAUUUUACGAAACCAAUUGGGUUAACCAGCGAUGAUUAUGAAGCAAGAUGUGAUAUGCCGAGGGACGCCUGGAGAUACGUUGAUGGAUUUACCUCAACAGUUACCGAGUACGAUCUAGUAUGUGAGAAGUCACUGUUACAGUCAGUUGCACAGUCAUGCUACUGGGUUGGAAUGUUGCUUGGUUUGAUCGCUGGUGGAUACUUGGCAGAUAAAUUUGGUAGAAAAAUUAUUUUCUACAUUGGUUCCGCUAGCGUUAUUAUUGCGACAUGGAUAAUGAUCUUCCCAGAAUCUUUUAUUGUUUUUAUCGUAUGUCGAGUCUUUAUUGGUCUUGGCUCAGGUUUUCGUAACGCAACCAGCUUCGUUAUGCUCACAGAAUUCACAACAGAAAAACACCGUGCAAAAAUAGGUGUUGGCUCUUUCUAUUUCUGGGUGGCUGGUUUGAUGCUUUUGCCGUUGAUAGGCUAUUUUGUUACCGAAUGGAGAUAUUUUUUACUCGGAACUGCUUGCUUUGCAAUACCGUGUUUAUUCACGUGGUGGUUUAUUCCAGAGAGUGUACGUUGGUUGUUACUUCGCGGGAGAAAAACAGAGGCGAAAGAACAAUUGGAGAAGGUCGCUGCCAUUAACGGAAGGGAAAUGCCAAAUGAAAGCUUACAGAAUAUUGAAUCGAGUGGUGAAACUGGAAGUUUCAAACAUCUUUUUUUCAACUGGAAAGUGGCGAAAAUCACGUUGAUUAGUUGGAAUUUGUGGUUUGCAAACUCUUUAGUUUAUUACGGUGUUUCGUACGGCUCCGUUGACCUUGGCGGAAAUCGAUACGUAAACUUUGCUUUAACAAGCAUUGUUGAACUCCCGUCCAAUAUUUUAUGCAUCUUCGUUGCUAACAGAUAUGGUAGGAAAAAAACUGUCAUUGUUGGUUUGAUUGUCGCUUGCAUUGCGGCCCUUAUUUCUGUCGCGAUACCUGACGACCAGUCUAAUGACGGAUAUACCGGUGGCAGAAUCUUUUUAGCUGUUUUGGCGAAGUUCUUCAUUAAUAUGGCAUUUUCAGGAAUUUAUAUCUGGAGCACAGAAUUAUUUCCCACAUUUAUAAGAGGUAUGGGGGUAAGUACAUCAUCGUCUGCUGCCAGGAUAGGAUCCUUUUCAGCAAGCUACAUUGUUUGGUUGAUUCGCAUUCAUUCCAUCCUACCCUUUGGAAUUAUGGGAAUUAUUUGCCUUGAAGCCGCAAUUGUGGCAACGUUUUUGCCCGAAACGAAUGGAAGACCAACUAUUGAAACAUUGCAGGAGAUGGUCAAUUACGAAGAGGAGAAAAGGCGUUCCGUGGUCAUGAGUGAGGUCAUUGCCAACAGUAAAGCAGAAAUUAAUGAAAAUACACAUAUGUAGCAAUUUAAUAAGUUUUUACAGGGACUUCAGAGGUGGGGGGAGGGAAGGGCUGCAUGGAAGACAUUUUCCUGACAGGCAUUAUUGAGAUAGCCCUGGGUGUUGAAUUAUGUUUAAUUAUGCACUAGUUGUGUUUUCAUAUAAAAAAUCACUAUUCGUCUCUGUCUAUCAUUUUAA